UUGUGUCCUUGAGAGAGGGAAAAAAAAAAAGGAAAGAAAGAGGUUUGCUUUGUGGUUUGUGAUAAUCUUCAAAGGCAGCAGCUUUUUUUCUAAACAAGCUUAAAAACCAAGAGAAAGUAGCAAAAGGGGGCAGCCAGCAACAGCAACAGAAGUAGCAGAUAGCACUAGCAGCCAUUGAUGUUUUCAAAGAGAAAAAAAGAAAAAGAUGGUGGGCUCAGGUUCAGCUGAUAGGAGCAAAGAAGCUGUGGGGAUGAUGGCCCUUCAUGAAGCACUUAGAACCGUUUGUCUCAACUCAGAUUGGACUUACUCUGUUUUCUGGACCAUCCGUCCUCGCCCGAGAGUGAGAGGUGGUAACGGUUGCAAGGUUGGAGAUGAUAACGGCAGCUUGAUGUUGAUGUGGGAAGAUGGAUUUUGCAAAGGAAGGGUUACAACAGAAUGUUUGGAAGAGAUUGAAGGAGAAGAUCCUGUGAGGAAAGCUUUCAGCAAAAUGUCUAUUCAGUUAUAUAAUUAUGGAGAAGGGUUAAUGGGGAAAGUUGCAUCAGAUAAGUGUCAUAAAUGGGUAUUCAAAGAACCAACUGAAUGUGAACCCAAUAUCUCCAAUUAUUGGCAAAGUUCUUUUGAUGCUCUUCCUCCUGAAUGGACUGAUCAAUUUGAUUCAGGCAUUCAGACUAUUGCUGUUAUUCAAGCUGGCCAUGGUCUUCUCCAGUUGGGUUCUUGCAAGAUUAUUCCUGAAGACCUUCAUUUUGUGCUAAGAAUGAGGCAUACCUUUGAAUCUCUUGGGUAUCAAUCUGGUUUCUAUCUGUCCCAGUUGUUUUCAUCCAACAGAAACGGUCCGUCUUUAUCAACGAUUCCUUCAAAGCAGACUUCCGUUCCAACCCGACCACCUCCACUUUUCAACUGGAACCAGAGACCACUUCCGCCGGCAACUAAUCCGAUGCUUGCUUCGCCUAAUUUUCAGAACCCGGCUAGACUUGGAUUUCCACAACCCAAAGACGAAACCCACAUGUUUCUACUACCUCGUUCAUCAGAAACCCGAAUGGAAGACAUGAUGGUUGAGCAUGAAAACGACAUCAAAUGGCCUAAUGGCUUGAGCUUCUUCAGUGCUCUCACCGGACGAACCGAAGAUGCCAAGCUUUUAUUCAACUCCAAGAAUUUAGGAAACAAACCAGAAACAAACCACCACUCUCUUAUACUCGAAGGAAAAGACUCGAACCAUAACGCAGAUAUCGGCGCAAACCCGAACGAGUUCUUGAGCUUAGAUUGAGCUUGGAUAGUCAUCCAGAUAAUACAAGGAUGAAAAACAAGUUUUAGAAAUGCUUUCAAUUGCCGGCUAGAACGAUGAUGUUUUUGUAAUCAACUUUGGCCGACCAUCACCAGCACGACCCGGCGAGUACCGGAACUCCAAGGCCAGGAUGUACAAUGAUGUCAUGGAAACUUUCUUGGAAUGAAAUGUAUUAGGAUUGUGGAAGAGGACAUAGAUGUUUCUUUUUUAUGUUCUUUUAUGAAUGUCUCUUAAAGCCACUAAACUCAACUUUCUAAUCAUUUGUUGUAGUUUAUCCUUAAUGUAAGUCCUUUUUAAAUAGACCUUCAAUUUUGUGAUAGAAUAUCACUUUAUAUA